AUGGCUAACGACGCCCAAAAAGACUUAGAGACACAAGCUGAAGGCCUCUCAACAAAAGAUGCCCUUCCUCCAGCCGCAGAGACAUCCUCAUCAAAUGAGACACCCUCCACUCCCACCGAAAUCAACAAUGUGUCCGAGAAACUCCCUGAUCUCCCUCCAGAGAAUCUUGCCGGAGAUCUUCAGGCCGAGAAACUGUCGAAGCCUGAUCUGACGAGAAGCGAGUCCAGAGCUGAUCAGUUUUCCAAGGGCAGAAUCAUUAUCAUCAUGUUUUCUCUUUGUAUGGCUUUGUUCUUGGCUGCUCUCGACAUCACGAUCAUCACAACCGCCCUGCCUACCAUUGCAGGGCACUUUAGGGCAAGUGCCUCUGAGUAUACAUGGGUUGGUUCGGCCUAUCUUCUGGCAAACGCUGCUAGCGUCCCCCUCUGGGGUAAACUUUCCGACAUAUGGGGUCGGAAACCUGUUAUCUUGCUUGCCAAUGCCAUAUUCAUGGCAGGAAGCUUGAUUGCCGCCGUCAGCAACUCAAUCGGGUUACUCAUUGGCGGGCGAGUCAUUCAGGGCGUCGGAGGUGGUGGACUGAUCGUUUUGGUCAACAUCAGUGUCGCCGACCUGUUCAGCAUGAGAGAACGACCUAAGUACUAUGGCAUUAUCGGCAUGGUAUGGGCAAUUGCCUCCGGAGUCGGUCCAGUUGUUGGCGGUGCUUUUACUGAGGGCGUCUCCUGGCGUUGGUGCUUUUACAUCAAUUUGCCACUGGACGGACUUUCCUUAAUCCUCCUCACCCUCUUCCUCAAACUCGAAACACCCAAAACACCGUUUUGGGCUGGCAUCCAAGCAAUCGACUGGAUCGGAGUUCUCACUAUCGUCGGGGGAGUGGUCAUGUUUCUCUUUGGCAUGGAAUCCGGUGGAGUUACCAACCCAUGGGACUCUGCUUACACCCUGUGUCUCAUCAUUUUCGGAAUCGUCACCAUUGUCUUGUUUUUCUUGAACGAGUGGAAGUUGGCCAAAUAUCCCAUCAUCCCUCUUCGACUGUUUAAGGACACGUCGAACUGGGCUUCUUUGGCUGUAUGUUUCGUGCAUGGCUCUGUCUUCAUCGCCGGCAGCUACUAUCUACCCAUCUACUUCCAAACUGUCCUCAGCGCCAGCCCUCUUCUCAGCGGUGUCUAUCUGUUUGCUCUCGUCAUUAGCUUGUCCAUUGUUUCGGCAAUGGCAGGCGUGUUCAUCAAGAAAACAGGUCGAUUUCGAGAACCGAUUUGGUUCGGUCUGUGUAUGAUGACUUUGGGGUACGGUCUCUUCAUUGACUUGGAACCGCAAGCCAAUUGGGCCAAAAUCAUCAUCUACCAAAUCAUCGCCGGUAUCGGGGUCGGACCCAAUUUCCAAAGUCCACUGAUUGCCCUGCAAAGUCAUGUCAAAGGCCACGAUAUCGCUGUGGCGACCGCUACAUUUGGAUUCGUCCGGAAUUUGUCCACCUCCAUCUCCGUCGUUCUGGGAGGCGUCGUCUUCAACAACGAACUCACUAAGAAAGAGCCAUACCUUCGGGGCGUUCUCGGUCCACAGUUAGCUGCCGAGCUCACCAGCUCUAGCUUCGGGUCGACAACGGAUCAAGUCCGCCAUCUGACAGGCGCGGACAAGCAAGCUGUGGAUAAUGCUUACACUUCCAGUUUACGGACCAUGUGGAUUUUCUACACUGCCAUCUCCGCGUUUGGUAUUUUCCUCAGCUUAUUCAUUACCAAGAAGGAGCUCAGUAAGAAUCAUGAGAGAGCUAGGACAGGCAUCGAAGAGCAGGAGAGAAUCAGGCAAGAAGAGAAAGCUGCGAGGAGAGAGAGACGCAAUGCAGCGGGGGCCCAGAAUAAAGAGAUGAUAUGA